AUGUUCAAAUUCUAAAACAGCAAUAGUCACUAGUUGGGUGUUCUGGGAAUUAUCAUUCAAAAAGCAUUUUUUUUCCAAUAAAACUAGAAAGUCAGUGCAAGUCAACAGCUAGUUUUCAUUUCACUGAAGUGCAAGGCAAAUUAGUUUGCAUAAGCUAAGAAUGUCUUAACUUUUUCGUUUCUCUGCUUUCAAUUCUUUCCACAGAGUAAACCACAAAGCAAUGUUGCAGCUUCUAACAUUUUGUGCUUUAGUUUUGUGUGUAUCUCCGGCAAGAACUCCCAGGCCAGUAACACAGCAAGUUGUACAGACCUGGCACCGGAAUGCCUGUUCACUGGUUGUUUGUGCACCAGCUGAGAGAGGCUUACCAGGGACAGAUGGGAAAGAUGGACUCCAAGGACCAAAGGGAGAAAGGGGAAAACAAGGUCCCAAAGGAAAUGCUGGAGCCGAAGGUCCGCAAGGUGCUCCUGGCCCCAAAGGAGAUCGAGGACCAGUGGGUGAAAAGGGAUCAAAAGGAGAUGUAGGAGCCAGAGGGUUACAAGGAGCAACAGGACCACAAGGACCUGAGGGGAGGACAGGCCCUCCUGGAUCAAAAGGAGAUAAAGGCUCUAUGGGAGAAAAGGGGACAAAGGGUGACAGUGGUCUCUCAGAGGUCAAUCUAUUGAAAAACCGAGUGAUUGCCCUUGAGGGACAGCUAAACGCCCUGCAAGCCAGUUUCUCCAAGUAUCAAAAAGGUAAAGUAUUAAACUAA